AUGGAGCGAAUAAAUCGCAUGCUUCAGACUGCCCAUGGCAUGGGAAUGGGCAGCGCAGCCCCAGGUGCUGACAGCCCCAACCUGAUCGAUAACUCGGAGACCGUUCACAUCUCGUCGUUGGCGUUGUUGAAGAUGCUACGACAUGGCCGAGCCGGUGUUCCUAUGGAAGUCAUGGGCCUGAUGCUUGGAGACUUUGUUGAUGAAUAUACCGUGCGGGUUGUGGAUGUUUUUGCAAUGCCUCAGAGCGGAACGGGUGUCAGUGUCGAGGCUGUGGAUCCUGUUUUCCAAACAAAGAUGAUGGACUUUUUGAAGCAGACUGGCCGACCCGAAUCAGUCGUUGGCUGGUACCACUCGCAUCCCGGUUUCGGGUGCUGGCUCUCAUCCGUCGAUAUCAACACUCAGCAAUCCUUCGAACAGCUCACACCUCGUGCCGUCGCCGUCGUGGUCGACCCCAUCCAGUCCGUCAAGGGCAAGGUUGUCAUUGAUGCAUUCCGACUCAUCGCACCACAGACAGUUGUCAUGGGCCAAGAACCUCGUCAGACCACAUCUAACUUGGGUCAUCUCAACAAACCUUCUAUCCAAGCUCUUAUACACGGCUUGAACCGUCAUUAUUACAGCCUUGCGAUCAACUACCGCAAGACUGGUCUUGAGGAGAACAUGUUGAUGAACCUACACAAACACGUUUGGACCGAAGCGCUGCAGAUGAAUGAUUUCCAUGAAGAUGGAAAACGAAAUGUGGAGAGCAUGCAACGCCUGGUUGAAUUGGCGGAAGGUUAUGAGAAGCGAGUCAAGGAAGAAUCUACAUUGACCAAGGAGCAAUUGAAGACCCGAUAUGUGGGCAAGGUUGAUCCUAAGAAACACAUCGAGGACGUCGGUCAGCAAUUAAUCGAGGACAACAUUGUCGCCGUCUCAAGACAAAUGAUCAACAAGGAAUCGUCAGUUGCGAGGGUGCCGAAUGGACAAGAUACUGAAAACGAGGCACAGAUGGACGUAGAUGAUGAGAAGCUUUAA